UUUUAUGAUAGCUGGACGUGUCGUCGAUCAUUAUUCGCCUCCAAGCUCGAACCUACGUGCAAAUAGCCGCACUCAUGCAACCAGGCAAAAUGGGAUUAUCUUGCUCGUUCUUAUCUCGAUACAGUAGUCUCCUUCUGUUAGUAUUCCUUGGCGCAACACAUGGGGACGAGACCUGUACAGAAUCGCUGGCCAAAGCCGACGCGGACCACAGUGGUGGAUUGACGCUCGAAGAAUACACGGUCUUUUUGAAAGUCGAGCGAAUCCAUCCAACACACGUUUGCUACCUUUCCCACGCUGACCGGCAGUUCUCUACUGGGUGAAGUCGAUAUUACAGGGGCUGGUGCGGAAGAACUUACCCAAGUACCUCUUGGUCAACAGGCCGUUCUAGAAUUGAUUUGUCAACGAAGCCAGGCUCUUAUCAAAACAAUGGACGCACACGCUGCCUCCACAAUAACAACCGACCAACACGAGCAUGAUCCGUUUCAAAGGGAAGAAAUGACGGCCCAUCGACAACAUGAAAUGAUGGGGAUGAACUCUUACGUUGCGGGUGGCGUCGAGAUUUCACUCCUCCAAGACGCCCAGGAACAGUGUCCCAAACAGCUGAAUUCUCUGAUUCAGUGCGUGCUCCUGGAUUGUCCCAAUCCUGCUGGUUGUCCUUUUCUCAAUGGUGUGUUCGGUGGUGGUCGACGCGGAGUGUUGCUCCGACGGCCACCAGCACCAACUCGGGAGGAGGAUCAGAGGCAAGCUGUCAUGAUUCUUCCCCCGGAAACACUGCCAGUUUUUGUGGGAACCAAUAAUAAUAAUAUUCCUCUCGUGACAACACCCCUGCCAGAAUCGCAAACGGCGACACAGGGACCAACCGCGCAAGUAGUCAUGCAGGAAUUUGGAGAGACGUUUGCUCCGGCUCCCACACCCAUACCCCUAUCACAAACGGCAACGCUGGGACCAACCGCGCAAGUACUCACGCAGGCAUUUGGACAGACAUUUGCUCCCGCUCCCACGCCCCUAUCACAAACGGCAACGCUGGGACCAACCACGCAAGUAGUCAUGCAGGAAUUUGGAGAGACGUUUGCUCCCGCUCCCACCUCCGUGGGAUCGUGUACGGAUAUCCAAAACGAUUUGUGCGAAACGUUGUCCGACAAUUGCUGUUUCCAGGAGUGCGCCAAUGAGUUUUUGGACCUGACGACCUGUGUCAUCACCGUCAAGACGGGUGAGAAUAGAACGGAUUGUCGGCUGGAGGGUGAAUGUUCAUCAUCACCGCCCAUAAGUUUGGAGAAUGAUAACAACACUACUACGACAAUGGGAGGCGAGGAUGAUGAUGGGGCCAUGCCAUCGCCAUUUCUAUAUUUGAGAGGUUUGGAAGUGGACAUCUUUGGCACGCGGUUCUCUUCGCCGUUGCCAAUUGACGCCUGCGAUUUUAAUUGGUAUUGGAUGCUUGGGUGCAUCAACGAACAAUGUCCCACUUUUGCGCAAGACUGCACAGAUCCAAACGUACCUCCAAACGCCAACUUUUCCUUGGUGAUGGAAGGGGCAUCUCCGCAGACAUGCACGGAGCUACAAACUGGGUUUUGCGAGCCGUUGUCAAGCCUCCCCCCGAGUUGUUGCCUGUCCCAGUGUCUCUUGCAUCUUAGCGCGCUGACAACAUGCGUUAUCCAGCACAACAAUCCAAACAAGACGAUAAGAGAAUGCACGCCACCUUGUGUGGUCGACUGGUUGGUCGGACCUGGACUGCAGCUCGCGGGCUCUGCGGCUCCAACCAUUGAGGAUAUUGGUAUGUUUGAGUUUGAUUUCUUUGGAAUGAAUCUUACUGGGAUUGAUGCAGAAGAACAAUGCCAAAAUGCAAAGGACAAAACUAUGGAAUGUGUCAAGCAAGACUGUCCAAACUACUUCUGGUCUUGCACGCGGGAGAUUGUAGAGUUUCCGUCUGGCCUCUAUGCAGACCCUGAUGCUCUUUUUGUCAGCAACCCCAACAAUAAGCCACUGGACUUGACACCAGCAGAGUUUGGUUGCGCAAACUUUACAGAUGCUUUCUGUGAGUUGUUUGAGGUUUCAAGUACUUGUUGUCUCUCCAAGUGUAUGGUGCCGCUGUACGACAUGGCAGCCUGCAUGAUUGACAACGCCAUCGGCAACUACUCAAACCUUGCUGGGAGUUGCUCGGCACCUCAGUGCAUCACGGAGUAUUCAAACGCAUAUGAUCCUUCCUCCGCCAGCUUUCCUGUUUUUGUCAACUCAGCCUUCCUGAUAUCUACAAUGGAGACCAUUACUGCUUCUACCCUCAUGGAGCAACUUCAAGAUGGAAACAAUGCAGACCUUCAAGUACUGCUUCUCGCCUACCGCAACUUUGUUCAGACUGUGGUGGAUUCACUCCUUGGUGGCUCUACGGGCAGGCAACUAGGCCAUCUCCCAGCCAGUCAAGACAUCCGCCAAAGACGUUUGCAAGCAAGAAUCCCUGUCGUUGAUCCCAACAGCACCGAAAUUUACGGAUUUGUGGACACGCCUUGUAACAUGACUGUCGUCGUUCCAAAACAGGGUGGAGCAACUGAAGAAGCAUGCAUAACUGUGUUUGGAAAGUACAAGCUGAGUGUGGACCCACAAAGCAAUCCUCUAGUGAUAUACGAGAUAUUCCAAAAUGAAACUACAGCAGCCAUCCAAGCAGGUGUCCUCCAAGAAAAGCUGGAAGAAGCGUCUGCAGAGCAAGGAAGCAAUACUGGCAGCAAUACACCCUAUGAGUCUCCUUUUGUGGUCCAAGGCGUUUCAACAGUCGUGGACGCUAGCUUUGUUGCAGUUGGUCGGCUAGAAGCAUCCGCAUCGGAUGCGACCACGCCUGUCUUCGGUGCAACCAACAACACAUCUCUACCGACACCAACCUCACCAGCCAACUCAACAGAUGCGCCCAGUGAUGCAGCAGAAUCAAGCACAACUUCCUGGAGUAGCAGGUACUCGAUUUUGCUUGCUGCCAUCAUGUUGAUUUGCUCGGUCAUGUUUCUGUAGCUGUGUACUUGCUCAGAUCAGGUGAAACCGCAAAUAUGAUGUACGCUUCCCGUCGGAAGGGAAACUUGAAACGCAGCACAAGCAGGACACCUGUGGAAGUUGGUGAGCAUCCCUCGUACCAUGACUCUUGACUGCAGCUCUGUUCUUGCAUAUCUUGGCACAACAACCUCCGCAUUCGAAAAGAAAUGAGCCCUCGCGAAGAGGAGAAGGACAAUUCUGGCACUGAAUUUCCCUCAACAGAUGGCCGUGGCGCUGGAUUUCCACAUCAGCUAGCCCCAGCCUUGGACUUAUCACAACAGUUUACCCCGGCAAUGGAUUUGGCCACAACAGCUAUUGCCAGCACUGCAAUCCGCCCAGUGAGUUCCCCAGCAUUGGCACUCCCACAACAGCUAGCACCAGCACAGGAUUUACCACCACGGUUGGCCCAGCAGUGCAAAUCUCAGCACCUGAUCUCCCACAACCCGGCUGCCCUGAAUGGCAAUCCCAAGCACCGGUGAUAGAACCACGAUGAAUUGGCUGGAAUUCGCUCUACGCCUGUUGUUGCGUCUGUAGAAUCACAAACAGCCAGAUGAUAUUCGUACUUUGACGCCAAGGCCGUUUGUCAUGGCUCGGAUGAUUGAGGAGCAGCCAGAAGUCUCGAAUGUCUCUCCUGAAACCUUCUUCAGCAUUGUGAAUGCAUGCUGGAUGAUAACAGCACUGGUGCCCACCGGGUGAAAAAUGACUUUUCCAACUUUUGAAUGGAUGCGGAGCAUGCUGUCUGCUGUCUGGGAGGUAUAAGAUGCUCGUGUUGCUUGCAUCGGUGCCAUGUUGGACCUGGGUGUGUUUGUCCGAGACCCAUCGUCUGCAACCGCCAACUUGUUUGUUCAUAUCAUCAACAUUGGCUGGCUCCGAGCGAGAUGUUCGAGUUGUACCUUACUACUCGUACAACGGAGGAAGACUGUCAGUGACAGAAAUGGUGGCUGGGGCAGGCAUUGUCGUCGUUGGAAGCGCAACGACAACGCUACGUUCUUGGAACACAUCUCGGAUCGCAGAAGUGGUGCUAGUAGUGCGGACCUCUAGCUAGAGACACCAGUCUUCGGUUGGACAGACGUUGCCCAUUGAGUACGAUAGAUAGCAACUGUCAAAGUCGCAUUUAUUUAUUUACGGCUACAAAUGUUGAAGAGGUCGGGCAAACAUCCCCAUGCAUUGCAUUGAGCGGCUGGCUGCAAUCAGGAUGACAAUCAUCCUCUCGGCCAGAAAGCAUCGGUGAUGGUGUUGCAGCCACAUACAUACAACACGCACACCGGGAUCUAUAGACAGAUACAUGUAUGUUGUCUCCCACCUACCGUACCUACCUCUUCGGUACCUACCAUCCCCCGCUGCAAUGGAUUGGCUGCGAGCCCAAAGCCCAACGAUCGAUGAUUCGAUUCGCCUUUCUAUAGCUGGCCUCAAAAUCUAGAGUGUCGCUUGUGCCUCCGAUUUGGAUUCGAUUGAAUUCAUUUUUUCGAUUGCCCGUUCUGGAAGACAACUAACUUUGGAGUUCAGGUAUGCCAUAGUUUAUUGUAGUCUACAAAAAUAAAUGCAGAGUAAAUAGUAACUUUAACCCUAUAUUUACCGCAACUACCCU